AGGCACCCUUUUCUCGAGCUGUCAAAUUUGAUACCACUCAAAAGUUUCUCGUCUAGUCAAAUUUAUUAGUAUUUAAAAAUUUUAUCUAAUUCUUGAAUAAAAUCCCCAGAUGAAAUCCCAAAUUUUACUGCAUACAAAAUUAUUAUGACAACGAAAUGCCAUCGCGGGAUUCAACUAUGCUUUCGGCUUCUAAAUACUGCCAAACUUUAUGAUGCAUCUCGGUAUCAUAAUAGUGCGUUUGUAUGUAAAAAGUAUGAUCAAAUAAUCUCUUGUGAGAAGUACACGAAACUUCCAACACGGAUUGAGGUUGAUGGGAGGACAUUAACAGCCAGACCUCCCAACAGCAAAUGCAUUGCGCUUACUCCCGAAUACCCAAAGGAUUUAAAGAAAAAAACCAUCCUAGAGGAGAUAGGUAGUUCAUUGCGCACCCUGCUAAUUUCGAAAAAGGCUGCAGUCCUAGAAAGGGUGAAGGAUUCCUGGCGUAACUUCCGCAUUCCUAAAGGAAAAGGCCCUGCUGAAUGCAAGAAAAAAACCAGGUUCAACUUCCCAUGGGCGAAGAAAGAGCCCGCAAAGCAAAGAGGCUUACAGAUGUCAUGGAGAAGGAAACCGCAGCCAAAAAAAUCCUUGUUCAACUUGUCCGUUGGGAAGUACCCCAAAAAGCCCCCUUUGGGCGGACGAGUAAAGUCUAUAAUCAUUAACUUAAUCUUGAAGUCGAUGCUAACAGGCGGUGUCAUCUAUGCCUCUCUUUGGAUUGGGGUUUGGGGUCCUGUGGACGAAACCGUCGAAUUAUGGAGCAGGAUCCGUUCAUCGAUUUACCAGGAUACAUAUUCGGUCGGACCAAUUGAGACAAAGGAAGUUGAGGCAUUUAUGGUCAGGAAAUAUAACGAGAAUGUUCGCUGGGCAACUUGCCAUCUAAUAACUUUCACAAGGACUGCAUACUGCGGCAUUAACUAUUUGUUGAGUUCAGUGUCUGAUAUAUUGAUGCAAAAGUAUAAGGAAUUCAAGGACAAAAAAGAAGACUGAGUUUCUUACAAAAAUUAAGAAAUAUAUUCAAACUCGAUAAAUAAAAUUCACAAGAUAUUGCAUUUGAUUC